AUGACAACGUACCAGAAGUUGGUCAAGGGCGCUACGAAGAUUAAAAUGGCGCCUCCAAAGGCUAAAUAUGUAGACCCAAUCCUUUUGGCGACUGCAGAGCCACAAGAUUUUCGUGAAAUAAUGCACGCUCUAGAAGGGCGGGUCCUAGACACUGCUUGGACAGUUGUUUAUAAAUCGCUUAUUUUGGCACACAUUAUGAUUCGCGAGGGAGAACAGAACGUCACUAUAAAAUACCUUUCGGAUCACUUGGAAUUUUUCCAGCUCAAGGAUAUCUUUCAGUCAAAGCUCUCCUCGGGCGACUUGCAAGCAUUGCGCAGAUACAGAGACUACUUGCAAUGCCGCUGUGAACAAUUCGCCAGUACACGCAAGGACUACGUGCGUGACGGGAGUUCUAACUUGAAGGGACCUGUCGCAAAUAACCCAAAGAAAGCGCUGGACCAUGUAGAAUCGUUAGAGACCCAAGUCACGGCACUCAUCAAGAAUCGGUAUUCGCAGUACGACUUGGGGAACGACUUGCUCAUGACGGCGUUUAGGCUGAUGGUGCAGGACUUGCUGGUACUGUACAAUGCCUUAAAUGAGGGGAUUAUCACUCUCCUGGAGUGCUUCUUCGAAUUAACGCAUCAGAAUGCAGAAAGAACCUUAAAAUUGUACAAGCGCUUUGUAGAGCUAACCGAAGUCGUGGUGAAGUACUUGAAGACCGGCAAAGCGGUAGGGUUAAAGAUUCCCGUGAUAAAGCACAUCACUACGAAGCUAAUCCGUUCAUUAGAGGAACAUUUGCGGGAUGACGCCAAUAAAGGUCAAACGUUUUCUGCGGAUGAAGGUAGGACACCUGCGCAACGGGAGUUGGAACAAAUUCGAGAACAGAAGCGUCUUUUGGAGCAACAGCUCAAGUCGCAGCACCAAAUGGUAAUUUCGCCCACUAUUCCACAGCAGCAAACAGGCUACAAUCCGUUUUCGGAGGGUUUUAGUUUCGAGCAGAGUCCAGCCGUAGCUCAUCACACGACAAAUCCGUUUAUGACGGAAACCCCUCAAGCGCAGCCAACGCAAUAUUCAAAUGUACAGGGCCAACCCUUGCAGUAUCACAACACUCAGGCCCAGCACAUGCAGAACCCACACGUCGAGCCAUCGCACUUCCAAAACCCCCACGCUCACCAACCGCAAUAUAGCCAGUCUCAGCAACUACAAUACCAAGACACCCAGUCUCCGUCACUACAGUAUCAAAACACCCAACCUCAGCCUCUGCAAUAUCAGUACACCCAGUCGCAACCGAUACAAUAUCAAAACACCCAACCUCAAUCACAAUCUCAGUUUGGCCCCAGCCAACAGCCCCAGCUGCAAGCGGGACACACUGGGUACUUUAGUGCCAAUUCCCAGGUGGUACCAAAUACGACGGGCGCCGGGUUUGGCGGCUACACUGCUCCUCCUACAGAUUCGUACCCAGCGCCCUUACAGACUCCCACCCAACCACCGGUGCAAGUCGCGGCCCCUACUGGCUCGAACAACCCAUUCUCACUGGACAACGUUGGUAAAGCGGAAGAAGCUCGCACGGUCAAUAAUCCCUUUUCACGCGCCAACACGGGCGCAGCGGCGACCUCCGGUUCUAAUCCUUUUGGCGCCCAAAGUUCAGUGCCCAACCGUCACACUUUUGGAGGUUUGGAAAACAUGCCAACUGUCCCGGUAUUUCCUCGCCAGAGCCCAUCUCAGCAGGCGCCCCAGCAGUUCCCACACCAAGCUCCUCCACAGGCUUCCCAGCAAUAUGGCCAACAAUAUGCUCAACAACAGUUUUCGUCUCAAUACGGGCAGCAACAAACCGCAGCGCCCUACUCUCAAAACUCCCAGUUUGCAGGCCAGCAGUACUCUCAAACUGCUCCAUAUCAGGGCGAGGGCCCCAACCUCAUCGAUAUCUAG